CUCUCUACGCAUCUGUCUUGUUUUCUCUGGUGGGGAUAAACUUAGGGCCUCUAACCUGUGAUAGAUUUACGGUCCCAUUUUUGCAUUUUGGCUUCUGAGACAGGGUCUGCCUAAGUUGUUCAGACUGGCCUUGAAUUCAUUCUGUGAAUUCAGUCUUCAAAUGUGUAUUCCUCUUGCCUCAGCUCUGGGUAGCUGGAAUUACAGCCUGUGCCCCAGGUCCAGCUCUAAGUUUAUUUUACUGUGCUGUUGUCUGCCUUGCUUCCCAUGCUGUCUGAUGGCCUCAGUGAGCUGAGGUUGUGGCGGCAGGGGGUGAGUGCUUAUCAUGCUUUCUUAGUUUGGUAAAAUUAGCACAGAUGUAAUUUUCCCCACCUCUGUAUUUCUCAGUUGGAUUAUCCUCUAUUAGAGGUUCUAUCUAUUUUAAUACAUGACUGCUUUUUUUUUUUCUGAAGUUGAGAACGCUCAUCUUUUCACCAGGUCCCUUCCAUGAGUCUGAUUUGCCAGCAACACUCUCUGCACACUUUGGGACCGGUAUGCUGUAGCUUAGUCACUGUGAGGCAGUGCCCAGGCAAUGCACAAGGGUGACAUGAGAGCGCAUGUAGCUAUCACAGUGCAUAGUCGUCAUGGGAGUGCUGGUUGCCGCCUGAUGGCAGGCAGGGAAGGACAGUGUGUUGCUUACAGUGACAUGCCUAUUCAAACUUACUGCUUCUUUCUGGGAUUUUUCAUGUAUGUUCUUAUGCCUCGGUUGGUUUUUAGGUAACUGUAGUUGCAAAACUUAAAACUGUGGCAAAAGGCAGCUGGUGUAUAUUUUCAUCAAUUGUCCAAAAUCUAAUUGGCAAAAUGAUAUUGCAGUCCUUUUAUUUGCAAAUUACACUAACAGGGACACCUCUGAGAGUUACUGAACGAAUUGCAUAGGAUCAAUAGCUGAUGAUACAAACUUUAUUGUUUGUAGAUCUAGGACACUUAGAAGGCUGGCGUUAGCAAAGCAACUUGCUAAGGUCUCAAAGCAUGUUUUAUGUGCCACCAUCAUUAGAGUCAAGUCCCACUUUGUGAAUGUCCUCAUAGCAUACACAAAACUGGAAGUACAGAUAUGGCAGGAAAACCUUAAAGUUUUCUGCUGGCUUCUUCUCUGCCUUAGUCUUUGUGAUAUUUCAUUAUAUUUUAAUAAAUAAAACUUGCCUGGGGAUCAGAAAAGUAAAACAACCACUCAGCCUUAUAGACCAGGUAGCAAUAACACACACCUUUAGUCCGCCUGCUCGCCGCCAUCAUGGACACGAGUCGCGUGCAGCCCGUCAAGCUCACUAGGGUAACCAAAGUGCUGGGCAGGACCAGUUCGCAGGGACAGUGCAUGCAGGUACAUGUGGAAUUUAUGGAUGACACCAGCCCCUCCAUCAUCCGAAACGUCAAAGGUCCUGUUCGAGAGGGAGAUGUGCUCACCCUAUUGGAGUCAGAAAGGGAGGCUCGGAGGUUGCGCUGACCUUCCUGCUGGGUCCUGAGUAUCCACCACUUGGCCCAUGAUGACCUGCGACUAUUAAAUAAAGCAUUUA